AUGGAUGCGCUCACUCCCGCACAAACGACCGAGCUUGUCUCGAGGUUGGGCGAGAAGAAGGCUCGCACCCGUCUGGACAAGAUGUUCAUCAACUCCUUUAUGGGUGGGUGUUUUGUCUCGUGCGGAGCCGCCCUCUCCCUCUCAACAAGCGCGUCCCCAUGGUUCCGAGACAAUGCUCCGGGCCUGAUACGUACCAUCUCUGCCAUGGUCUUCCCCGUCGGCCUCAUCAUGGUGGUGAUGACAGGCGCAGACUUGUUUACGAGCUACUGCAUGUACUCGACCGUGGCCUGGCUCCAUCGCCGAUGCAGCUUCCUGGACCUGCUGAAGACCUGGUUCGUGAGCUUCUUCGCGAACCUGGCCGGCGUACUAUUCUUCAUGGCGAUCUUGACAGGAUAUGGGGGAACCUUCGAUAAGGGCGCCUACAGAGACGAAGCCCUGAACUUCGCAAGGGUCAAGGCCGUAGUCCCCGAGUGGCAUCAGAUCUUCCUGAAAGGGAUUCUCUGCAAUUGGCUCGUCUGCAUGGCCGUCUUCCUCGCCCUCGCCUCCCGCGACGUGAUCUCCAAGAUCGUCGCCAUAUGGUUCCCCGUGGUAUGCUUCGCCGGGCUCGGCACCGACCACGUAGUCGCAAACAUGUACUUCAUCCCCCUCGCCCUCUUCCUCGGUGCUCCCGAGCCCUUGACGGUUGGGUACUACAUCUGGAAGAGCAUGAUCCCGUCGCUGCUGGGCAAUAUCGUGGGCGGGAGCGUGUUCGUCGGCACCGUGUAUUGGUAUAUGCACCUGGCGGAUGGGCAGGUGGUGGAGAUGCCCACGGAUGAGAAACCCGCGAAGCAAACGAUCUAUCAGCAGGCGAGGCCGAUGACCAUGCACAGUACCUACAGCAGAAACAGUACGAUGACUACCGAUUUCGAUUACAGUUCCACCGCACAGAUUCUGCCAGUGAGGUUGUAA